GGCUCAGUCUGCUCCCACAUCUCCAAAUGCCGCCGGUUGCACCGCAUCAUCUUGUCUAAUAAAAUAGUCACUGCUCGCCAAAUGUGCGGCGUCGCCGAAGCGGACUAACCAGAGAGAUCUUGCUGCGAGAGAACGGCCUGGCCUCAUGUCUCACGGUCGCUUCUGAGUCCUCUCAAGCGCAAGUGAUGCACUUCCUUAUUGACAGCGGCGGAGAAUGUCUCCCCCGUAUGGCAAUCAGAGGUGUUUAUCGGUCAAGAUCACGAUUCGGGGCAUUGCUUGACGAGAGUCUCGAGCAUGUGCGAAUGUUGCCCGUGGCACACGGGCGAUCGACAGUUCUGGGCCGUUAGAACUACCCCUUCGGCAAGUUCCUCUGCACUAUAGUCCACCUAAUACGGCGAUGCUGGCGAUUGGUUCAAGUAUCACGGAAGCGCUCAAGACAACUGUUCAGAACGUACGAGAGCUCGUGGGUCCUCGGAAAAAUCAGAAAGUCAACAUGUCGCGUUUUGCCGGCAGUGAUGGGGGACGCCGAGCCACGUCGAUGGAAACGGUGUAUUCCGGGAGGAAGGGAAGCAUCGACAUGUCGCGAUUGCGCAACACAGGAUGGAUGCUUCCCGCGCCGCGCGGUUAAAAUGGGAAUUGCGCAAGAAGUCGGAUCGCCACGGCGAUAUCAGCCACGAGUCACGCUAGCGAGCGAAGCCAGCCCUAGAUGAAGUCGACAUGGCGUCCGAUAGAGCAUGGUAAAUGGCUCUUUUUUGUCGAAGGAGGCGGCAGCGAGGGUGGCGUCCGAGGGACUCGAGCUGGCUGUGGCGGAGGCAACGACGGAAGUAUCUGGCGCG